UUUUUUUUUUUAAUGUUUUCGAACAUACUAGUCAAAACUGGGGUACCUGGCUGGUUCAGUCGUGGAGCGUGCGACUCUCCAUCUCGGGGUUGUGAGUUCAAGCCCCACGUUGGAUGUGGAGCCUACUUAAGAUAUAUGCACAUCUGAGGAGAAGGUCUGUGGCUUUUAGGAGAUUCUCAAAGGGGUUUAUGAUCCAAGGAAGUUCAGAAUCAUGACCAAUUUUACAUCCUUUUGGACAUCCAUGCAUUGCAAUACUUAACAGCCAAUGCUAAUUGUGCACUCACUCUGUUGUGAGAAAUUUAAGCGUACUGCCUUCUCCCGACUCACUAAAAGCACUUCCUAAACCUAAACAGAGUUUGAGCUAUAUUCUAUUGUCUGUCUGAAUUGUAACUUGCUGAUUUGUUCAGUAUCAGACAUUUACACUGCUUCCAAAGCUGAAUACUGUAUUACUUAAAAAAAAAAGUUGCAUAGAUCAACACAGGGCUUUGGCUACUCAAGACAAAGAAAUGAAUGAUCUUAACCUUUCUGGAAGGGAAACUCAUUCUCAGCUACUCAAUCUGCACAGAGCUGGGCAGUUUCCAGUCCGUCGGCACAGCACCCAAGUUUGCCAAGUAUCGCAAGCGAGUUUGCACGGGCCCUUUGAGGGAACGUGUAAUGCCAGCGCCAGGAGGAUUUUCUUGUAAAAAGGCAAGAGGGAGGCAGGCAAUAAUGGAGAUGUGAUGUUACUCUUAAGGAGAGCAGAGCCGCCUGUGCACGUGCUAAGAGCUGAAAAAGAUGUUUCUGUCCCCGCGUGAAGCAGGAACACACACACAUCAUCUGACCUACUUAACCCAGGAGUCCGAACGGCUGGCGGGGUAGCGUUAUUACGGCUGGCCUGUCACCCUUACUGAUCUUACAUCUUGUGGUUGAGGGGCAGGGGCUUUUCACGGAGGCGUCUUACCCCAAGGCGAGCUUCCUCCUUGCAGAGAAAGGGCACUCUGUUCCCAGGAGGACCGGCAGGGCUGAUACCGUCUCCAAUCAGGUCAAGGAGUCCUCAAGUCAAUCAGAAAGGAAGACGUGAUCUCUCCUUGUACACGCCCUUGUCCGGCUGGCUGACAUUCUGCCUUUGCUACACCAAAUGCCUGUUCUUCUCGAAACGCCUUCUCGAGGUGCUAGCGAGGUAUGGCCCUGGGUCACCGGAAAUGAGCCGCUGCGUGCCGGCUCUCUGCAGGUCAGUGACCUGGCACCCCAGGGCCGGUGCUGCCGUAGCCGCCUCUGCUCUCAUGCCCGAGUACAUCACCCUCGCGUCCUGUCCCUGCUCCUCGGCAGGGUCACAGGGCAGAGGGAAGUGACGGCCCUGAAAGGCCGGGCCUUUCACGCCCGGGCAAGAAAGGCGGCUGUGGUGGCCGCUGCCUGCCUCACUGCAAGGCUGGCUCCCCGCUGGCGCUGGCGGGCCUUCCAUUUGUUCAAGGAGACCCCUUGGGCAUAAACUGCUAGUCUCGAAAGCUAAAGUGAUGUUCCCUUCAGGGGAGAUGCUCCGUUUAAGAGGGUCCUGGGGAUCAAGAAGUCUUCAGGAAACCAGGCUCCGGUGGAGGAGGGUCGUGUGACGGGCGGUGAGGGGCCGGCUGGGCUGGGGCUGGGCUGGGAGGGCAGCUGCCCGCUUCCCCGGCCGUGACCAGCUCAGCCACAGUGCUGGGCAGCCGGGGCUUCCCAUGCCUGUCUCCCCACCUCCUAAAUCUAGGCAGCUAAGGGCAAGAAAAGACAGAACGGACCGUCUACCCUGGUGGGAGAGGGUCAGCCCGCGAGCCCCUGCUGGUCUGCAGAAGUCUCCUCAAUGGUGGAGCCCCCGGGGAGGGGGGCUACUUGGCUUAGCUUCCGCAGUUAGCAGCUCAGGGCUCUCAUUCAACAGAAAAUGAGGCCCAGGAUGGGCGGACGAAGGCAGGCCUGACCAUGAGAGAGCAGUUCUUGGGGCGCCUGGGUGGCUCAGUCGGUUAAGCGUCCGACUUCGGCUCAGGUCACGAUCUCGCGGUUUGUGAGUUCAAGCCCCGCGUCGGGCUCUGUGCUGACAUCUCGGAGCCUGCAGCCUGCUUCAGAUCCUGUGUCUCCCUCUCUCUCUGCCCCUCCCCAGCUGGUGCGCGUGUGCUCUCUCUCAAAAAUAAAUAUUAAAUGAAAAUAGGUAAAAAAAAAAAAAAAAAAAAAGAAAGCAGUUCUACACUUCCAGGAGGGCAAUGCCCACACUCCACCACAUGGUGACCUUUGCCUUCAAGGCCAGCUGGCACAGGAUUUUAUGGACUGUGCAUGGGGGUCAGUUAUGUGUUGUCUGUGAGGCGGGUGACAGCCUUAGAAUCUUAGGGCCAAUUCAGGGUCCCUCAUCCCGCCCGGGCAAUCGCCCCUCAGCUCUGGCUGUCUCCAGGGUACUGGAAUGUGCUGCCGCUGACCAGAACUGAGGUGGGUGGGUUCAGGAGAUGACUACGCGCCCCCUAAAAGUGGGGCAACAGGACUGUGGGAGGACAGGAGAUGUCCCCCUCGGCCCUGACUGGAGUUCCUGUGUCUGCCUCCCAGGUGUUCAUCAGAACGCACGCCAUGGCUGAGUACGACUACGUGGACCCCGGCUUCUUCAACACCUCCAGCGACGGCAGCUGGGGGCACGAACGCUUCUUGGAGUUCCGCAAGGUCUUUCUGCCCUGCAUGUACCUGGGGGUGUUCAUCUGUGGCCUGGCGGGGAACGCGCUGGUGCUGGUCAUCUACGUCUUCUACCAGAAGCUGAAGAGCCUGACGGACGUGUUCCUGGUGAACCUGCCCUUGGCCGACCUGGUGUUCGUCUGCACCCUGCCCUUCUGGGCCUACGCGAGCAUCCACGAGUGGGUCUUCGGCGACGUCCUGUGCAAGACCCUGCUGGGCAUCUACACCUUGAACUUCUACACAUCCAUGCUCAUCCUCGCCUGCGUCACCAUUGACCGCUUCGUCGCGGUGGCUCGGGCCACCAAGGCCUACAACCAGCAGGCGAGGCGGAUGGCCUGGGGCAAGGCCAUCUGUCUGUUCAUCUGGGGGGCCUCCCUGCUGCUUUCGCUGCCGCAGAUAAUCUACGGCCACGUCCUCUAUCUCGACAAGCUCGUCUGUGGUUAUCACGACGAGGAGAUUUCCACUGUGGUUCUCGCCACCCAGAUGACACUGGGGUUCUUCCUGCCCCUGGUCGCCAUGAUUGUCUGCUACUCGGUCAUAAUCAAGACUCUGCUUCGCGCCCGAGGCUUCAAGAAGCACAAGUCUCUGAAGGUCAUCUUCCUGGUGGUGGCUGCGUUCCUGCUGACCCAGACGCCCUUCAACCUCGUGAAGCUAAUCCGCAGCACGAACUGGGAGCACUACACCAUGACCAGCUUCCACUAUGCCAUCAUCGUGACGGAGGCCAUCGCCUACCUGCGGGCCUGCCUUAACCCCGUGCUCUAUGCCUUCGUUGGCUUGAAGUUUCGGAGGAACUUCUGGAAACUCGUGAAAGACCUCGGCUGCCUCCCUUACCUGGGGGUCUCAGGUCAAUGGAAGUCCUCCGACGAUGCCUCCAAGACCUGUUCGGCCUCUCAUCACGUGGAGGCCACCAGCAUGUUCCAGCUGUAGGCCUCGGCCGGGCCUGGAGAGCCGCUCAGGAGCUAAUAGGAGCAUGGCUGUGCGCUCUGGACGCCACGAGGAAGGCUUUGUUUAGGACUUACGCAUUCUCGCGGAGAAGGCAUGCGGCAGCCGGUGUGGGAGCCUGCUUCUCGGGCAUGAACGCAAUCUGCUCUCUUCUCAAACCCUCAGGCCUAAAGCUCAGGGUUGGGGGAAGGGCUCUAAAACCCGGAAGGGCUUUCCUUCCUCCAUCCCCAAGAAUGCUGGCUCCGAGGGACUGAAGUGCGACCCUUAAGACCUUGGGCCCUCCUCCGUGGGGGCUGGGACCGGAUGCUGAAGGGGGAGCAUGGCCACAAAGCUGCUGACGGCAGGUGACACUCCAGGCUCUCCGGUACAGAAGGUUCCUCUGGCCACUGGGAAGCGGGGAGACGAGAGCAGCCAUGAAAACGAGGGCUCGUCCAUCUGGCUCAGACCUCAAUCGCCAGGGACCUGACAGAAAUGAGAUCAGGUUCUGCCUCACCUUCGGGUUUCGCCUUUAUAGAGAGAGAUGAUUAUGUUCUCUUCGAUUAAUCUCGGAAGGAGGAACACCAGGGGACAUGAACGGGCCCAAACGAAUUACUCAGCUGAGGGUCCCAGCGGUCCACAGGAUGCUAGGAGGACGUGCAAAGCAGAGUUUACGACCAUCAUGGAUCUAAGCAGCAGUUCUGAAUCGGAUUCUUGGGUGGGUUUGCUCAUUUAAAAACUAAGCUGUCCAACGCCUGACAUGCUCGCACGCAGAUAAAUCAUGUAUCAGUGUAUGUAGGAUACAAACACGCAGAUCAAAUGGCAUAUGUCUUUCGUGGCUACGAAAUAAAACCCUUUUAAAGUCUCCAA